AUGAGAGUUGAGGAGCAGAAGAGGUGGGAUAAGUUUGAGAAGAUGAAGCCACCACAAUAUGAUGGGCAUUUUGAUAAUGACAUAUAUGAGUUUCUGGUUAACUGUCACGAGCACUUGCAUAAUUUGGAGUUGGUUAAGUUCAACAGAGUGGAUUUUAUGACGAUGCAGAUGAUUGGCCCUGCCAAGCAGUGGUGGAGGGUUUUUGUUGAGACUAGACCAGCUGGGUCACCUCCACUUACUUGGGCUGAGUUUUCUCACGUAUUUUUGGAGAAGUUGAUUCUCUGUACCUUGAGGGAUGAGAGGCGUGAGCAGUUUGAUAAGUUAGAGCGCCGAUAUGGGAUGUCCUUCAUAUAUUCGAUGUUGUUUGUGAAGAAGAAGGAUGGGACCAUACGUAUGUGUAUCGACUAUCGACAGUUGAACAAGGUUACUAUCAAGAACAAUUAUCCCAUUCCUCGGAUUGAUGAUUUGCUUGAUCAGCUUAAGGGUGCAUCAGUCUUCUCCAAGAUCGAUUUGAGGUCUGGUUAUCACCAAUUGAAGAUUAGGGCGGAGGAUAUCCCUUAG